GAAGCGGCGCGGCGGGAGCGGGCCGGAAGUGACGCGCGGCAGCCGUGGCGGCCAUGUCGGCGGGCGGCGGAGCGCAGCGGGACGCGGGGGCCGCGGGCGGGCGCCGCAGCAAGUGGGAUCAACCCGGCCCCGCGCCCAAUUUCCUCCUCCCCGGCACGGCGCCGCUGCCCGGGCGGCCGUUCCCCGGUGGGGGCGGCGAUGGCGGCGCUGCCGUGGCCGGAUCCGAGAGUUCCGCCGCUCCCUCAGGAGCGCUGGAUGCGGCUGCGGCCGUGGCGGCCAAAAUCAACGCCAUGCUGAUGGCCAAAGGGAAGCUGAAACCGGCGCCCAGCACGGCGGAUAAGCUGCAGGCUCUGGGAAAAGGUCCAGCCACGAGUAAAAGCAAAGAUGACCUUGUGGUGGCAGAGGUGGAGAUCAACGACGUCCCCCUGACCUGCAGGAACCUGCUGACCAGGGGCCAGACCCAGGAUGAGAUCAGUCGCCUGAGUGGAGCAGCUGUCUCCACUCGAGGGAGGUUCAUGACUGCAGAAGAGAAAGCCAAAGUGGGACCUGGAGAUCGUCCUUUGUAUCUUCACGUUCAGGGUCAGACACGGGAGCUGGUUGACAGAGCUGUGAACAGAAUCAAAGAGAUCAUUACCAAUGGAGUAGUGAAAGCAGCCACAGGGUCCAGCCCCACCUUCAAUGGAGCCACAGUGACUGUGUAUCACCAGCCAGCCCCCAUCACUCAGAUAACUCCAGCUGUUGGCCAAAAACCUCCAUUCCAGUCAGGGAUGCAUUAUGUCCAGGACAAGUUAUUUGUUGGGCUGGAACAUGCUGUUCCAACAUUUAAUGUGAAGGAGAAGGUGGAAGGGCCUGGCUGCUCCUACUUGCAGCACAUUCAGAUUGAAACUGGUGCCAAAGUGUUUCUUCGUGGGAAAGGCUCAGGUUGCAUAGAGCCAGCAUCAGGCAGAGAAGCCUUUGAGCCCAUGUACAUCUACAUCAGUCACCCAAAACCAGAAGGUUUGGCAGCUGCUAAAAAGCUGUGUGAGAACCUGUUGCAAACUGUUCAUGCUGAGUACUCCCGAUUUGUGAACCAGAUAACCACUGCAGUUCCCCUGGCAGGCUUCACCCAACCAGCCACAAUCAACAGCGUCCCUUCCCAGCCCUCCUAUUACCCCUCCAAUGGGUACCAGGCUGGUUAUCCUGUGGUGCCCCCUCCUCAGCAGCCUGUCCAGCCUCCCUAUGGGGUGCCAGGGAUUGUGCCCCCUGCAGUGCCCCUGGCUCCUGGAGUCCUGCCCACGCUGCCCACGGCCGUGCCGCCCGUGCCCACCCAGUACCCCAUUGCUCAGGUGCAGCCUCCAGCCAGCACUGGCCAGAGUCCUCUGAGUGCUCCUUUCCUUCCUGCUGCCCCAGUAAAAACCACCAUGCCAACUGGUAGCCAGCCCCAGGUGCAGCCCCAUCCCCAGGGCCAAAAGAGACGUUUCACCGAGGAGCUGCCUGAUGAGAGAGAGUCAGGACUGCUGGGAUACCAGGUACAGGCUUCUCCAGUGGGAGCGAAAUGGAGGGAAGCACGGCCAAGGCAGCCAGUUCCUCAGGAAAGGAGAGAGAGAGGGACAGGCAGUUGAUGCCUCCACCAGCUUUUCCUGUCACUGGAAUGAAAUCAGAAUCAGAAGAAAGAAAAGGUGUGGGGUCUUUACCAGGCAACCAUGGUGAGUGCAGCAGCUCAAACACCCCUAAAAUCCAGUUUAUUAUCCAAAACACACCUAAAAUCCAGUUUAUUAUCCAAAACACACCUAAAAUCCAGUUUCUUUUUCCAAAUCCAGUUUAUUAUCCAAAACACACCUAAAAUCCAGUUUCUUUUUCCAAAUCCAGUUUCUUUACUCAAACACCCCUAAAAUCCAGUUUCUUUUCUCAAAUCCACUUUCCUUUCCCAAACACCCCUAAAAUCCAAUUUCUUUUCUCAAAUCCAGUUUCCUUUCCCAAACAUCCCUAAAAUCCAGUUUCUUUCCCCAAACUACCCUGUAAAUCCAUUUUCUUUUCCCAAACACCUCUAUAAAUCCAUUUUUUUUCCCCCAAACACCCCUGUAAAUCCAUUUUCUUUUCCCAAACACUUCUGUAAAUCCAAUUUUCUUUCCCCAAACAUUCCUAAAAUCCAGUUCCCUUUCCCAAAUGAGCUGGUGCUGGUUUUAACAGGUGAAUAUUUUUUUUUUUUUGGUUGUUCUGUGUUGAAGUACAAAGCAGGAUUUCUCCUUUCCUAGGGCUCAGCAAGGGUUUGAAUUUGCUCAGAAAUGCAGGAUUUCUCCUUUCCUGGGAUGAAUUUGCUCAGAAAUUCAGGAUUUCACCUUUCCUAGGGCUCAGAAAUGCAGGAUUUCACCAUUCUUGGGGCUCAGAAAUGCAGGAUUUCACCUUUCCUGGGGCUCAGCAAGGGUUUGAAUUUAAUCAGAAAUGCAGGAUUUCUCCUUUCCUGGGAUGAAUUUGCUCAGAAAUGCAGGAUUUCACCUUUCCUGGGGCUCAGAAAUUCAGGAUUUCACCAUUCUUGGGGCUCAGAAAUGCAGGAUUUCACCUUUCCUGGGGCUCAGCAAAGGUUUGAAUUUAAUCAGAAAUGCAGGAUUUCACCUUUCCUGGGAUGAAUUUGCUCAGAAAUGCAGGAUUUCACCUUUCCUGGGGCUCAGAAAUGCAGGAUUUCACCUUUCCUGGGAUGAAUUUGCUCAGAAAUUCAGGAUUUCACCUUUCCUGGGGUGAAUUUGCUCAGAAAUUCAGGAUUUCACCUUUCCUGGGGCUCAGAAAUGCAGGAUUUCACCUUUAGGGCUCAGCAAUGGUUUGAAUUUGCUCAGAAAUUUAGGAUUUCAUCUUUCCUGGGGUGAAUUUGCUCAGAAAAUCAGGAUUUCACCUUUCCUGGGGCUCAGAAUUUCAGGAUUUCACCUUUCCUGGGGUGAAUUUGCUCAGAAAUGCAGGAUUUCACCUUUCCUGGGAUGAAUUUGCUCAGAAAUGCAGGAUUUCACCUUUCCUGGGGCUUAGAAAUUCAGGAUUUCACCUUUCCUGGGGCUCAGAAAUUCAGGAUUUCACCAUUCUUGGGGCUCAGAAAUGCAGGAUUUCAUCUUUCAUGGGGCUCAGAAAUUCAGGAUUUCACCUUUCCAGGGAUGAAUUUGCUCAGAAAUUCAGGAUUUCACCAUUCUUGGGGCUCAGAAAUGCAGGAUUUCACCUUUCCUGGGGCUCAGCAAAGGUUUGAAUUUAAUCAGAAAUGCAGGAUUUCACCUUUCCUGGGAUGAAUUUGCUCAGAAAUGCAGGAUUUCACCUUUCCUGGGGCUCAGAAUUUCAGGAUUUCACCAUUCUUGGGGCUCAGAAAUGCAUGAUUUCUCCUUUCCUGGGAUGAAUUUGCUCAGAAAUGCAGGAUUUCACCUUUCCUGGGGUGAAUUUGCUCAGAAAUGCAGGAUUUCACCUUUCCUGGGGCUCAGCAAGGGUUUGAAUUUAAUCAGAAAUGCAGGAUUUCACCUUUCCUGGGAUGAAUUUGCUCAGAAAUGCAGGAUUUCUCCUUUCCUGGGGCUUAGAAAUUCAGGAUUUCACCUUUCCUGGGGCUCAGAAAUUCAGGAUUUCACCUUUCCUGGGGCUCAGAAAUUCAGGAUUUCACCUUUCCUGGGGCUCAGCAAAGGUUUGAAUUUGCUCAGAAAUGCAAUUAUGGAACUCAGCCUGGUUAACCCUAGUUCUUCUGCAGUCUUUGCUCCCAGCCAUUGCUCUGCUGUUAGCUGCCUUUUGAAGCAAAUUUCUACUUUUCUUUGUUGAUCUCUUUAAGGGUGAAAUUGCCCUGGCUGAGAGCCAUUUGCUAACUUGACCUUUUCUGUGUGUUUCUUUCUUGUUUCUCUGUUCUCUUACAUGGUUCUGGUGGAUCACAUGGCUGUUGCUGCUGCUGUUUCCUGUGACCAUCGACCUUGGAUGACCUUGUGACCUCAAAAUGGUGUCCAACUAACAAUUUACAAUUAACAUCUUUUUUUUUUUAUUAUUAUUAUUAUUGUUAUUAACUCGUUUUGGGGUAUUUUAUCUCUUUUUUUUUUGUUGUUGUUGUUGUUCGUUUUGUUUUUAUUUUUUUUUCCUUCUUUGGGGCCUGGGUGGGGCUUGUUUUGUUUUUCCCCUCCUAGAUCAUCAAGCCAAGAAGAUGAAAACUGCAGAGAAGGGCUUUGGAUUGGUGGCUUAUGCUGGAGAUUCAUCAGAUGAAGAGGAGGAACAUGGUGGCCAUAAAAAUGCAAGUACUUUUUCACAGGGCUGGAGUUUGGGGUACCAAUACCCAUCCUCACAACAGAGAGCUAAACAACAGAUGCCUUUCUGGAUGGCACCAUAAAAACUGCACAAGAAGUUUUCAUUCAUCUGGUUUUUUCCCCCUCUAGCAAUAAUGCAUGUA